AUGGUGUCCUUUCCGCGGAGCAGGCCUCCCCAGAAUGCGGCAGCCAAGAAGUCUGCCACAAGCCUCCUUGCCCCUCCCGACAAGUCUCUGCUGCACCGCUCCCAGUCUCGGGCAUUCCUGUCCGACGAUGGCAUCCCCCAGCCCGUGGAGUUCUUCCUUUCUUCUGACCCAUCUGCCAUCGUGGAGCACACCAAGAAGGUGCUUUACCUGGAGGAUGACGAUAUCGCCCACAUCCACGAGGGACAGCUCAACAUCCACCGUCUGACCAAGGAUGAUGGCACCUCCAACGUUCGUGCCAUCCAGACCAUUGAACUCGAAUUGCAGGAGAUCAUGAAGGGCAAGUUCGAUCACUUCAUGCAGAAGGAAAUCUUCGAGCAGCCCGAGUCUGUCGUCAACACUAUGAGAGGUCGUCUGGAUGUCGCCAACAAGAAGGUUACCCUCGGUGGUCUCCGUCAGUACAUCUCGACUAUCCGUCGCUGCCGACGAAUCAUCUUCAUUGCCUGUGGAACUAGCUACCACUCAUGCAUGGCUGUGCGUGGUAUCUUCGAAGAGCUCACUGAGAUUCCUAUCGCAGUCGAGCUCGCCUCCGACUUCCUUGACCGACAGGCCCCAGUGUUCCGUGAUGACACCUGUGUGUUUGUCUCUCAGUCUGGAGAGACCGCUGAUUCCCUGAUGGCUCUUCGCUACUGUCUGGAACGUGGCGCCCUGACCGUUGGUUGUGUCAACGUUGUCGGAUCUUCCAUCUCUCUCCUGACCCACUGCGGUGUGCACAUUAACGCUGGCCCCGAGAUCGGUGUGGCCUCGACCAAGGCGUACACUUCUCAGUUUGUGGCUAUGGUCAUGUUCGCUUUGUCGCUGAGUGAAGAUCGUGCCUCCAAGCAGGAGCGACGUGAGGAGAUCAUGGAGGGACUUGGACAGAUCUCCGAGCAGUUCAAGCAGAUCUUGAAGCUCAACGAUCCGAUCAAGGAGCUGUGUGCUAAGUUCUUCAAGAACCAGAAGAGCUUGCUGCUGUUGGGUCGUGGUGCUCAAUUCCCCACUGCCCUUGAGGGUGCCCUUAAGAUCAAGGAAAUCUCAUACCUCCACUGCGAAGCCGUCAUGUCCGGUGAAUUGAAGCACGGUGUUUUGGCUCUUGUUGACGAGAACCUUCCCAUUAUCAUGAUUCUCACCCGUGACAACCUGUUCACCAAGUCCUUGAACGCCUACCAGCAAGUCAUUGCUCGUGGUGGUCGCCCCAUUGUCAUCUGCAACCAUGAUGACCCCGAGUUCUCGGAUGCCCUGACCGAGAAGAUCAACGUGCCCAAGACUGUGGAUUGUCUUCAGGGUCUGCUCAAUGUUAUCCCAUUGCAGCUUAUCUCUUACUGGCUUGCCGUUGGCGAGGGACUGAAUGUCGAUUUCCCUCGUAACCUGGCCAAGUCGGUCACUGUCGAAUAA